UCCUAUCCAGACAUCGCUGAACGCCCCAAGAGCCGGCGACGGGCCAGGUCUCAGAAAUACCCGGGCCUCGGCGGCGUCGGAGAAGCGAGCAGAGCGGGGACGCAGGCAGAAGUGCACAAUGGCAACCCUUAAGGAGAAACUCAUUGCGCCAGUCGCAGACAACGAGGCAGCAGUCCCCAACAAUAAGAUCACUGUAGUGGGUGUUGGACAAGUCGGGAUGGCCUGCGCUAUUAGCAUUCUGGGAAAGUCUCUGGCUGAUGAGCUUGCUCUUGUGGAUGUCCUGGAAGAUAAACUCAAAGGAGAGAUGAUGGAUCUGCAGCAUGGGAGUCUGUUUCUCCAGACACCCAAAAUUGUUGCAGAUAAAGACUACUCCGUGACGGCCAAUUCUAAGAUUGUGGUGGUGACCGCGGGAGUCCGACAGCAGGAGGGGGAGAGCCGUCUCAACCUGGUGCAGAGAAACGUGAAUGUCUUCAAGUUCAUUAUUCCCCAGAUUGUCAAGUACAGUCCCGACUGCAUCAUCAUCGUGGUUUCCAACCCAGUGGACAUUCUUACAUACGUGACCUGGAAACUAAGUGGACUGCCCAAGCACCGUGUGAUUGGAAGUGGGUGCAAUCUGGAUUCUGCUAGAUUUCGCUAUCUCAUGGCUGAAAAACUUGGCAUUCAUCCCAGCAGCUGCCAUGGAUGGAUUCUGGGAGAACACGGAGACUCAAGUGUGGCUGUCUGGAGUGGAGUGAAUGUGGCAGGUGUUUCUCUCCAGGAACUGAAUCCAGAGAUGGGAACGGACAACGAUAGUGAAAACUGGAAGGAGGUGCACAAGAUGGUGGUGGAAAGUGCCUAUGAAGUCAUCAAGCUAAAAGGGUACACUAACUGGGCUAUUGGAUUAAGUGUGGCUGAUCUCAUUGAAUCCAUGCUGAAAAAUCUCUCCAGGAUUCACCCAGUGUCCACAAUGGUGAAGGGCAUGUACGGCAUUGAGAACGAAGUCUUCCUGAGCCUUCCGUGCAUCCUCAAUGCCCGGGGAUUAACCAGCGUCAUCAACCAGAAGCUCAAGGACGACGAGGUUGCCCAGCUCAAGAAAAGUGCAGACACCUUGUGGGACAUCCAGAAGGACCUCAAAGACCUGUGACUCGCGGGUGCUAAGCUGUAGAAACCAAAGCUCUAAUGGGAUUAGUCCUGAGCCCAUAGCUCUCAUCCCCGGGUGUGGGGCACAGUUUGCUUUUCCUCCUCCUUACUAGGUGAAUUUUGGGCUCAGACUCCAAGCACAGCCUCGCUUAAUGCUUGCAAAAAUGAGCUCUUGAACAAAUAAAAUUAACUAUUGUAGUGUGCCUCUAUUUCA